AUGAACGGUAUUGAUGCCACUUUCGACCGCCUGGAAGCAGAGUUCAACGCCCCUUCCAUCCACGAGCUUUCGUCUCCCCUUCUCAAUCGUCAGUGGGCCCAAGAUGCUGAAGAUCAAAAGCAUGCUGGUAUCCACCCGUAUCCUUCUGGAGUUGUCGCCGCUCGUCCCGCCUUUAACCAAAAGAAGAUGCGUGAGCUUCUUGACAUGAACAGUUUUGAGGUCCGUGACCGCCUCUAUGAGCUCUUCAAGGACCCUGUUUUUGCUCCGCGCUACAACGAUUCUCUUGACGAACAACGAGCUCGUACUAUUCAGAGGUGGAGUCUUAUCGCCAAGACAGGCCUCUUCCGCAACGCCCUUCGCAAGUUUACACCCGAAGGGCGUAGGCGAUAUGAAGCUAUUCUCGAAUCUGUUAGUGCACUAGAUCACAGCCUCGAGAUUAAAAUGAGCGUCCACUAUGGUCUGUUCGGAGGAACUGUCAGCUUAAUGGGUGACGAUGAACAGGGCGAUAAGUGGAUGCCUAAAAUUGAGAGUUGCGAAAUGCUCGGUUGCUUCUCCAUGACAGAGCUCGGUCAUGGCUCUAACGUUAAGGGCAUCCAAACAACAGCAAUUUACGACAUCCCUUCCCAAACCUUCAUCGUUAACACUCCAUGCGAGGAAGCACAGAAAUAUUGGAUUGGAGGCGCAUUCCAAUCUGCGCGCUGGACAGCACUGUUUGCGCAGCUCUACGUGAAAGGAGUUUGCCAUGGUGUCCAUCCGUUUUUAGCAAGGAUCCGUAACGAAAGCGGCACUCCAGUUGAAGGUGUCACAUUUGGAGACUGCGGUGCUAAAAUUGGCCUCAAUGGCGUCGACAACGGUCGAAUAUGGUUCAAAAAUUUCCGUGUACCUCAUGACUAUCUCCUAAGGCGAAAUUCGCAGGUGUCUCUCGACGGUGUGUUCACUUCAAACUUCAAAUCAGCGGAUGAACGAUUUGGGGCUUCCCUUGCCUCUCUUUCUGGAGGCCGGGUUAGCGUUUCGUCCGGUUCACUCAUUCAGGCUAAGCUUGGGCUCACGAUUGCAAUCAGAUAUGGUCUAUCGCGAAGGGCUUUUGGUCCUCCCGACGGGGAAGAGACUCGUUUAAUGGACUAUCCAGGGUUCCAAGCUCGUUUAAUUCCACCACUUGCGGCCACUUUUGUCAUGCAGCUUGUUCUCAACCACCUUAAGCCCAAAUGGCAGCAUCGAGAGCUCGGACGCGAGCUGCAUGUUUGGAGCUCCGGAUUUAAGGCCCUCAUCUCAUGGCAUGCUCUCAAAACUCUCCAAGAGACGAGAGAGGCAUGCGGCGGUCAAGGAUACAAAUGCGAAAACAAGAUUGGUCCGAUGAGGAAUAGCCACGACGUUGCACUCACAUAUGAGGGUGAUAAUCACAUUCUCUUGCAAGCUGUCACUAAGACAGUCUUGCCGGAGUUCAUGCGCGGCUUCAAAAACGGGGGGGACUUUGACGGCCACUUUUCGUACCUCAACGAUCGGGCAGCACUGCAGAAAGUCGACUUGCGCAGAGAAGCUGCACUAUUCGCGAGGCUGGCCACAGAGAUAAAGAAGAAAGUCGAAGCAGGGCAGUCUUCGCUCCAAGCGUUUAACCAUUCCGCGGUUUUGGUAGAGGACACAGGCCGCGCUCACGUCGAAUUGCUGAUGAUGGAGUUGUUCCAUCAAACACUUUCGAACCUCCAGAGCCGUGGUGAGAGCGAACUUUUCGAUAUUCUGAGUUUGUGCGGGGCAUUGCACAUUGCCCGACUGGUUGAUUCUCAGGCCGUUUUCAUUCGAAGCGGAGCGCUGACUGCCUUAGAGGCUCAGAACGCGCAUAACAACGUACAGAUCUUCUGCCAGCAACUGCGGCCUCAGGUGCUGCACUUAGUGGACUCAUUUGGAUACCCACCACACCUUUUAGCUCCGAUCGCAUUCGACUACGUGCGCCACAACAGCCGCUCGCGGCUCUGA